AUGUCAGAAUAUUCCAAACUUCCUUUUGCAUUUAUAACGCCUAGUGAGGUUCUAGCUGCGGCUAUAGUCUUACCUUUACUAUGUAUAUUCUUCAUAGCAGUACGAUUCUACGUACGGCAUAUACAGAAACAGGAAAUCAGUGUGGAUGAUUGGAUGGGUGUGGUUGCAAUGCUUCUUAUAAUCGGCAUGGGCGUCUGCCUAAUCAUUGGCGCCGAGCAGCAUGUAAUGGGCUAUGCGGCUCCGUUGCCAGAAGGUUUCGAUCCCCAGGAAGCCUACCAGGAGUUCUUAGGAUCGUAUGAGAAAGAGGCAAAAAUAGAGUUCUACUAUCAACUUCUCAUGAUAGUCGCGUACGGCUUCAUCAAACUCAGCCUCGUCUUCUUCUACCGCCGUCUUUUCUUCGUUAUAAAAUGGUCCACUUUUGAUAUUGUCUCCCUAGCAUAUAUAGCCAUCAUUUGCAUGUGGACCCUUGCUUUCUUCCUCCUUUUCCUAUUCGCUUGCAAAUCCAAAAUAUAUUUACAUUGGGCUCCACUUUCCGAUGUCGAGAAUCAAUGUGGAGAUCCUCUAGCACCCGAACUAGGGCUGGUGAUUUCAGAUCUAAUUACAGACCUCAUGGUCCUGGCCUUGCCGUUGCCUAUUAUUUGGCGCCUGAGAGUAUCGACGGCUCGCAAGAUUUCCAUAACCCUUGUAUUCAUUGUGGGGCUCAUAGCAAUUGCUGCCUCUAUCACGCGGAUGGCGAUCUACAUUAUUGUCUCGUAUAGAUCUUUUAGCUCUGGCUACGAUAUCGACCAGACCGUCACUACAAUGCUCUGGUGGAGUAUGGUUGAAGCUUGUCUUGGCCUGAUAACCUCGUGCCUACCGGUCCUCAGCCCGCUCCUACGAAAGGUCACCUUGCCAGGCAGCCUGACUAGCCUGGUCGAUCGGGUUUUGAAAGUGGCGACAAGUCCGGAGACGGACCCAAUGGUGACUUUCUUCAGCAACCCGGUAAUGGUUCAGAGCUGA